AAGCCUUUCCACUGACUGCCACGUCGAGUUCCGUGAGGACCAGGAGGUUUCUUACUCACUUUACUUUCUGCUGUAACAAACCUGACGUCCAGAACUCUGGGAGAAACACUGGAAGCGGGAGCUAAAACAAAUCUGUCAGCGUGGAACUGCUCACAACCCGUUCCUGUGAGCACAGCAAAGACAGAGUAAACGGUCAUCAAGACAUCAUGAGGCAGCUCAAAGGCAAACCCAAAAAAGAAUCGUCCAAGGACAAGAAGGAGCGUAAGCAGGCCAUGCAGGAAGCCCGACAGCAGGUGGCCACCAUAGUACUGCCUACACUAGCUGUAGUGGUGCUGCUCAUUGUUGUCUUUGUGUAUGUGGCCACCAGGCCUGGUGCUAUAGAGUAGACAUUAAAGGAACUCAUGAACUCCCAAACUGACUGGACUUUGAAAACUGACAAUGGCUAUACCCAAAGGAUUACUCUCAUCACGUGACGAGCCUCCCUCUGUAAGGCCAGUGAUUGGCCUAGCAAUUUUUUUUAAAUGAAAGCCUCCCUCAAACUGUGUUUCUUUGCUCUAAGCAGAGUUUAAGCUGCAGAAAUAAAAAAUCAAAUUGAGUGGAGAAACAGUUUCUCCUUGGUGCCUUCAGAUGAAUGAUGAUGAUGACACCAAUUUAAUCCUGUUCACUUGAGAGCAGCGGAUGGAUUCAUGUUGAUGUCUUACAAAAUGAUGCAAAGUCAUGCAUACCAAAGGACUUGUGCACAGCUUGCCAAGUUUGACCAGAAAUGAUAAAAAAAGAAACUUUUGUAUCACUCUUUGGGCAGCACUCAAGCCUACCUGUAUGAAAAGAAGGAUUCAGUUUGCGUCUGCUAUGUUUGAAAGCAACUAGAGGAUCUUAUUGAAUGUAAUCAGAGAAUGUGUUAUCAUAAGUCCAGUUUGUUCAAACACAUUUGAAUUUCUUCAUCUUUAAUGUGAAUGUUACCCAAUUGUUUCCACUAAGUUACUUUAUUAUACUUUGAGUUACUCAUGAUAUCUGUGCAUAUGUAAUAAGGUGCCUUAACAGAUUUGCAACUGUAUUAUUUCAGUUAAAUAAAUGAAUUUUUAAAAUAACUGA